UGUGCAAGCUUAGCCUAUCAAAUCUCUGCACGGCGGCAGGAUCUUUGAGCGGACCAAUAGAACACAAGCCAGACACUUGAAACCGCAAGCUGCAGCAACGGAGAAUAUGUGCUUCUACAACCAGAGGAAGUUUUCAUGCGGUGACUGGAGUUGGACCAACUUCGCUCACCGUUGCAAUUACGAAUACCGCACGGGCGAGACAUGUGGCAUGAGACUUGUGAAUGAGACCUUCAACGAGAAGGCGAAAUGCCGCCUGUGCGAUAAGAUUGAUACCAAGGUGCGGCGGCGAAACGCCGAGGUGGACAGAUUGACUCGAUGGAAGCGAGAGGGAGGCACUCUCGUGGCUUCCAUGGAACGAAGUCAGAACCUGAUCAAGGAGCUCGAUAGAGAGAUCUUCCAGCUGGAGAGAGAGAAGCAAGAAAAGCAGCGAGCACUGUCAUAGGAGGACAUGGUGAGCUGCGGUGAGAAAAUGGGGUGAGAAUGUUGCGAGCCAAGUGCUGUUUCUUUUCUUCGAAUUUCAGAUUCCCUCAUUGGUUAUGCUUUGGUCAUUCUUCUUGUUUGUAUCUUUGGUGCUUAACCCCUGUCAAUGUGUAACAUUGUGUGAACUCGACCAUUGUUCAUUUCAAACCCGUCUUU